AUGGACGAGAAAUACCGAGGUAGAUGGCGCAUGCAUCUUGACCAAUUAGAUACGGUUCUGAGACUGGUCAUCAAACUGACCGACAACUUCAUCAGUGCAUCUCAAGAAUGCAAUUUCGAACAUUUCAAAUCCCUUGCGGAUUUAAAAAAGGAACUUUUGAGCGAGAGGCAGCAACAUCUGCUUGAAAGGUUAGUGGAGGCGUGUGACCUCAAGGCCAACAUCGAGGGCAAAGGUCAACAAUUGAUUGAAAAGGUCACGAACAAUGGAUGUUUGUACAAUAGGAUGGUGUUGUUGUUUGAAAGUAGGGUGGUAUACGCUCUUUUCAGUUACAACAACAACAAUAACAUCAACAACAAUAAAAACGUUAACAGCAUCAGCAACAAUAGCAUCAACACAAUCUACUGCAGUUACACCAAUAACAUCAAUAACAAUGCUAGCAACAUUAACCAAAACGAUGGAAACAUUAAUAGCAGCACGAACAUUAAUAACAUUUCUAUGGUUACCUCGUUAUGA